ACAGAAAGCAUUUGAAACUGGCUACAAAUCCAAAAGCUCAGCCCCAGUCCAGAAGUGCUUUUCAUUGCCCGGCUCUCUGCCUGUCCUCACGUUUCAGUGAGUGUUGAGGAGCACCAGCAGAUGGGGCUGAAAUGCUGCAGAGCGAAGCACUUCCAGCACAGAGCAAAUAUCAGGAGAUGGGGAAUAUCGGUGAGUUUGAGCACCCGGUUAACUCCUGCUGUCUGCUGAACUUCCCAGAAGAGGAUGCCCUGCUGCAGGAGGAGCCAGGAGGCAGAGAAGAGGCACCACAAGUUGUGGAUUUGGAGCAGCUGGUGCCCGUGGGGGGUGUGUACCACAUCUCUGCCCUGCAGCUGCCACCCCAAGCCCAGGACAUCGGGGACUGGACCAUGGUGGAGCUGCUGGAUGUUGGAUUGGAGGUGCAUCCAUUCCCCAGGGAGGCUGAAGAUGGCACACAGAUAAACCUGAGGCUCCCUGAUAAUGUGAUUUAUUUUAAAGUGCCUCUGGUAGCCCAAUGGGAUCCUGCAGGCCAGCAGUGGAGAACUGAUAGCACCAGCAAGAUAACCCAUGAAGCAGAAAAGAGCAUCACCUUUAGUAUUAAUGCCUUUUACACAGUAGCCCUUCUCCAGGAUGGUCAUCUGAACCUGCCCUAUCAGGCCUAGGAAUUUCAUCCUACUGAUGUGGAUGAAGGACUCUUCACAGUUACUGCAGUCUUUGCAACCAUUCAGAUACAAAUGAAGGAUAAUCAGUAUAUGUUGUCUUCAGUAGUGGUGGAGGAGGAGGAGGUGCUUUCCCACAUCACAGGAAAAUGGAUGAGUCCUUUUGCCCUCAGAGCAGCUUUGAAAAGAGCUGGAGUGAACAUUUUCCCAGCAGAGUACUCUCCCAAGUAUGUCCCUGUGCCCAGGAAAGCUGCCCUGGCAGAAGUGAAGUCCUAUGAACAGAUGGCUCUGCUUGCAGCUGCUUUUGCUCACAGCAAGUGGAAUAGAGAAGCAGGGCCAGAGCAAGUCACGUUCAAGUUUUGUGGAGUGAGCGAAUAUCUCACAGCAGGUUCUGCCAAAGACAACGACUGGGUUUUUAUGUUCAGUGGUGAAAAAGUACAAAACCUCAAGCUCACUGAAUCCAGUGAGGCUUUUUCAGAAGAGCUGGAAGAAGAGUCUGAAUUUCACUCCACACUCUACCAUAUGCUCAAGGAUUCUGCCAGCAAUGAAGCCAUGGAUAAAGUGGAAAGAGCUGGCUUCCUGUUUAUUGAUUCUCUGUAUCAGCUGCUCCUUGCUACCAGAGUCUUAGCAUACUCUUAGAUACUGCAUGCUUUCCUUCAAAAUUUUAUUAUCAAAGGUUUUCAAU